UGUGAAUCAAUUCUAUUGAUUAAGUCCAGUAUCUCAGCUGUCGUUUGUUGUUACGGAUCAAGCGUCGAUCGAUGUUAUUGACUUAGCGUCGAUCGAUACUUCUUUAGGCAAGCGUUAGCGAGUUGAUCGAUAAGUUCACUAGUCUUAACUAAAUCAAAUGUCGCUUGUUUCUAGCAAUCCUAGCGCAAGGGAAUCUAUUCUGGUGCAAAACCUACCAUCGUAGUUGUCCACAAUCUUAAUAUCAGGGUUCUACUUAGCUACUUUAGAACACAAUCAUUACAAGCAAUUCCUUGAAAGAUGGCUAUCACCUUAGAAAUUCUAUAAUAUUGGCUAAUCCUUCAUAACCUUAACAGAUAAAUUACUCAAACAUAGCAAAUAUCUGAAUAAACCGUAUAAGUAGAAUAAGGUAGAAUAACUUGAGUUCCAAUACAAAUCUCUAAAGGAGUUUUAGUUCUUCACUCCAAAAAAUAAAAACCCUAAACUUUGUGGUAUUAAAUAAGAAAGCGUGUGUUGUCCAAUACAAUGACAGAACACAUAAAUAUUAUGUCAAAGUUAACCAGGGGUAGUUCUGUAAUUAUGUGUAACUUAGACUUCAAGUGGCCCGCUCUCGCGCUUCACUGUCGAUUGACGACAAGAGAUAAUCGACUGUUGACUCUGAUUGUCGACUCUGGAUGGUUCGAUGAACUGUUAUGAAUUUCUUCUAUUUUUAUUUCCAAAAUGCUCCAAAAUCACCACAUUGCUCCAAAACAUACUAAAGACCCUAAUAAGAUUCCUAAAACAUAAUAAAUAGAUUCUAAAACAUUUAUAUACCAUGGCUAAAAACUGGUAAAAUCCAUGGUAUAUCAAUAUUCUCCAUAAUCUUAGGUACUUUAUUUAUUUUUCAUGUUCUUAGUAAUUUUAAUUGGUAAUUUUAUUUAGAUUUCAUAUUUUAAAAUAAUUUUAGUUGGUAAUUAUAAAUUAUUAAUAUAAACAUGUGAUAAGAAAUCAGUUAGAAAUAAUUGAAAAUUUUAGUUGGUAUUUAUUUAUUUUAUUUAUUUGUCAUAUUUGCUAAGUGAUUUCGUUCACAUGUCAUAUUCACUAUGAUUUUAGGUUAUUUUGUUUAUUUUUCAUGUUAUAUUGCUUCUUGUCAUGUUUUUAUUAAUUUUUAGAGGGGAAAUUGCCAAAAAUACCACAUUAAUAGUACUAAUUUUUAUGUUUACACUAUCCACUUUUACCCUCACUUUUAAUGAGGGGUAAAAGACAUUUAUAACCCUAGAGUUAACUAAUCUAGACUUAGGGUUUAGAGUUGAGCGGUGGAGUAGAGUUUUGGAAUGUGAAAUUAAGGAUUCUAAUAAAUAUAUAACUUUUUUUUAUCAUCGACUUUUACAAACUUAUACUGACUCUGUAAACCAAACUGGGUGAUUUGCAUCUAUGUGAACGACGAAAGACGGCUGCUUCCUAACACUGCGUGCUAGUCUAUCCGCCUUUGUAUUUUGCGUUCAUGGUACAUAGAUAAUCUUUGAUCGGGUAAAACUCUUUUUCAGGGUCUUGACAUCUUUCAAAUAAUUUGUAAAAGCUGGUCAUUCUUCUGGUUCCGAAACCAUCUUCACCAAUUGAGAACAAUCUGUUGCAAACGUAACCUUAGAUUGACGUAAAUUCUUCAUGCAUACCAUUGCCCAAAGUAGUGCUUCCAUCUCCGCAUGAAGGGGAUAGAGACUAGCCCUAACAUUCCUCGCCCCCUACAAUCCAUCAAAUCCUUCUAAAGUACUAUACCAACCUUGUCAUGAAAAGGUAUCACCCUCUUUCUAUGAGCCAUCCGCAAAACACCAUCUUUCUGGAAUUGACGGCAGAAUCGUAGCUACUAUUGGUGGUAUAGCCCUCUGCUCCUUCAGUAUUUGGGCCUCAGCCCACAAUGUUGAUUAUGUUUCAGCCAAUUUAAGCGUAUCCAAAGGAUCAAUAUCCAGAUUACUGAAAACUUUAUUAUUCCUAGUUUCAAGAUAUACCAUAGUAUCCAUGCAAACUGAUGAUCUUCUAUCUGCGGAACCACUCUCCAGAACAGAUGAUCUAUGUUUGUGAAGAGAGCACUUGUCGGAAAGGUAGCUGGAUUUGAUGGUAUCUUCGAAAGAGUCCAAACUUGAAUUGCUGGAGGACACUCAAAGAACACAUGAUUUAUGGAUUCCUCAUGGGAUCCACAUCUUCCACAACAAAAAUCCUCUUGUAUUCCCCUUGCAUGUAAAUUAUUUUUCACUGCUAUACAUCCUGUCACUAAUUGUCAUAGGAAAUGUUUUAACUUUGGUGGCCAACAUAUUUUCCAGCAGUAAACCUUCAAGACAUCUACUGUGGGACCAAUUAAUGGUGGCCUUUCCCUAUCUGGAUAGAGCCGUUCUACCUGAUAUCCUGAUUUGACCGUAUAUUUUCCAUUCUUUGUGAAGCAUCUCUAUCUAUCCUCUGAGUCCUGCUUAGUGGUAUACUUUCUAUAAGUUUCAAAAAUGUAUAAAAAUAAAUAUAUAAAUAAAUACUUAAAAAUAUAAAAAAAAAUUAAAAAAAUUCAAAAAUAAUUCUCGAUUUUCAAAAAGAAAUUUUGAAAAAAAAAUAAUUCAAAAACAAAAAUUCCAAAAAAAUUAUAAAAAGUUUGAAUUUGAAAAAGUAUAAUUCGAAAACACAAGAAAAUAUUUUUUUUUAUUUCAAUAACUAUUUAUUAUAUAUGUAGAGAGAACAAGGAUAUAAGAGUCUUUUGCAACUUAAUGAAUAAUGUAUUUUUGACAAUGUCUCUUUAGUAGUGGUAAACAUGAAUAAUGGUACAAAUAAAGUGGUAAACAUGAAAAUUUCCCUUUUUAGAAGCUUAUUUGUCAUAUUUUCUAUGAUUCUAGGUUGAAUCAUUAGUAUUAAUAAAUAACUAGACUUUGAUCCGCGCACCCGCGCAGAUGUGUAUUUUAUUUUUAGAAAUGAAAUAUAAUUGGUUAAUUUUUUCAAAUGUAUUAAAACGAUGUUGGUAUCCAUUUGGAUUCGGGUACCCAUUUGGGUUCAGUUCGGAUCAAUUCAGAUAUCGAGUUUUUUAGUUUGACGAUUUCAACCAUAUUCAUGUUUCUAUAAAUUUUGGUCUAGGUUCGGUUUGGAUCUUUGCGGGCUCUGUUCAGAUUCAGAUAACCCGUUUAAAUUAUUUUUUAAAAGUUUAAAAUUCAUACAUACUUUAAUUUUGUUAAAAUCUAAAAAUAAAAAUAAUAUAUAACAUAUCAUAAGGCCUUUAAUCACGCACAUAUGAUUGCAUAUUCCUAGUAUGUGCAAUUAAAUUGUGUAUAUAGGAAAUUUUAUCCAAAAAGGAAUUCAAAAUAAUGGAGAAUUGCAUAAAAGAUACUAUGAAAAAAAUAUUGAUUAAAGGUUGUUAAUAGGAAUAUUCGUAUAUGAUUUACACUUUGUUAAUUGCAUACCUAAAAAUAGGAAUUAUAUUUCGAAUGUCCUUGAUUGCAUGUAUCUAUAAAUCGGAUUCACAUUUUGUUUCAAUAUGUACUUUGACAAACCGGUUUUUAUUUCUUAUGAUAGGUCAAUACUUUAUUCUAUACAAACCGAAAAAGGACAUGAUUUUCUGAGUGAAAAAAAUUAAAGUAUUAACAUGAUAAAGACUUCCUUGUGAGGACGAUGGUAAAUAAACUGAAUGAAAACAUUUUAAUCCGAAGACAAUAAGGUGUUCUAGUUUUGAAUUGAAUUUUAGCUAACUGAAUAUUUGAUAAUUUUAUUGUUUACCUUGAACAUGCAAUGUUCAAAAAAUCGCUAGGCGCAACGUAUGCGGUCGGGUAGGGCCUAGCGCCAAGUAUAGAUAUUAGUUAUGUGCUCUUUUAGUGUUAUUGUGACAUAGCGUAGUGGUUAGAAGUGUUGUUUAAAUAUAUACAAGGUUCGAGGUAAAUAUGCGCUUAUUUGUCAAUUUUUUUUAAAAAACAUUAGGUUAAAUGAUUUUAAAAUGACGAAAAUAACCUAAUCUUCAACCUCCCACUUUGAUUUCUCUGCAACUUCCAGCCGCUUUUUUUCUCGAUUUCAUAUAUUUUUCUCAUUAUUCUUGUAAGUUUUAAUGAGAAUACAUCAAAUCUAAGGCAUAUAUGCGAUAUCAACAUUAAAAUUAUGAAAACAUUGAGUUUUUUUUUCAUCUUCGAUUUAUUGGCUGAUUAUCAUCAAUCUGCCAUGAUGUAGUCCUAUUUGCAUGUCCUCGACAAUUAGCCGGCUGCCUAGCCUGUGUUUUCGAACAGGGGAAUGAUGGAGCAGUCAACAGCAUGAAACAUAGAUUGGAUAUGUGGAGUUUUUUCAAAUUUUGUAAAAAGUUACGAUAGAUUUUUUUUUCCAGCAGUUACGAUAGGUUAAGGUUUUUUUAACACAAAAAUAAAAUUAAUCUCAUGAAAAACAAUGGAGCAGAAGAUGUUGCUCUGAUUAUAUCAUCAUUUUUAUGCAUAUAACUUUUUUUGUUUCCUGGAAACCAUAAUAAUAUCUUCUUCUAUUUUGUUCUUAUUUCCAUCAAAUAAAUCUUCUAAGACAAUCUUGAUCACUGGCUUAAUCUCUGUUAAACAAUCUGUACAAGAAUCAAUAGAAGGGUGGAGGUGGAGGAGAAGCAUAGGAUACUCCGAUCACUUGCGGUAAUGGCCCCUCAUAUUCAGGAUAUGGUUAUUAAUGAUGAUUUAUUAUUAAGUUGACAAAGAAGGUUAAGAUUACUAAUGGUUUAAGCCAGUGGCAUGGAAUGGUAAUUAGUGUGGAAAAAUCAGGGUUACGUACAAAAUGUACUUCAGUUUUAAUAGUUUAGAUUUUUUGAAUUGUUAGUUUUAAACAAUUUUAGUGAUUAUCUAAUAAAUAUUUUCAUUAUAUUAAAUAAAAUUAUUAGCAUUAUUAUUAAAUUUUAGCAGUAUUUUUGUAGAAUUAUCUAAUAAAUAUUUUACUUUAGUAAUUAUAAAUUGUAUAAUAUUUUUCUUUAUUUAUCUAAUCUAAUAAAAUAGGGUCAUAUUUGAAAUUUACUAUGGCAUGUUUUAAAUUUAGACCUUCAUUAAAAGUGAGGGUAAUAUAUAUACUAAAGUAAAAUAUAUUAAUAGUAACUGAUUUCUUAGUUAUUUAAUAUAUGAUUAUUAUUUUAUUAUUUUAUAAUAUACAACAAAAAUUGCACAAGGCGCAGAUCUUAACCUAAAUAUGUAUCUCUUUAAUAAUUUUAAAUUUUAAACAUUUUUUAAAUCUCAUGCCAAAAUAAAAUAACGAAUUAGAAUAAACUCAAAAAUCAGUAUAUAUCGAGCAAUAACGAAAAUGAAAAAAUUGACAAAAAAUGAGAAAAAUAUAUAAGAUAUUUAAGAUUGGCACUUGAACGUAAACUUCUCAUAACCAUAAUUAAUUUUUAAAUUGUUAAAUCAUGAUAUAAAACCGAACUGACAUAGUUUCAUUGUAACCAAAAGUGGGCCUGAGAUUUUUUGGCAUAAACGUUAGGUUUUUAUGCGAUAAGUGAUUUUUUGACCAGAAAUAUUUUUAAAAAUGAAAUCAGCUAAUCAGUAAACAAAUUAUGUAAUUAACAAAAAAUAUUUUAAAAACAAUUUAAGGGCCAAAAAUAUUAAUUCGAUUAGGAAUAUAAAUUUUAAUUUUUCAUACAAUAUUUCUUAAAAAAAAUUUCUAUAAAUUCACUCUGCGUAAGGCGCAUGUCUUAUCCUAGUAUGAGGUUGAUUGGAAAGAGCUGUAGUUUUAUAUAUUUUGUUGUACAAUUAAUGUUGUAGAAUUUUUUUCUGUAGCUGUAUAAAUUGUUGUUGUAGAUUUUUGGUUGUAAGUUUGAUGGGAUUUAAUUAUUUAUUUUUACAAUUUAUAAAGGCAAGACAUAAGUGCUCUAGGUAUUUUGUUUUCUAAAGCCAAAAAAUAAAAGAAAGGAAAGAAAAAUAUAUAAGUUUAAAAGAUAUUUCUAAAUCAUGAUUGGAAGAAAUUUGUGCUUUAGAAAAUAUUUUGGCCGCAAAAGAUUCUACAGCAGUUUUAAAAUACUAACCAAUCAUCACCAUAGACGUUUAACAAAAAAAACAUUAAUGACAAUUUAUCAAUAAUGAUUUGAAAAUAGUAAAUUGGGAAAAAACUAUUUUCCUUAAAAAUAGAAAAUUAUUUCUCAUAAAUCUUGAUUUAUAUAAUGUCUUUUUGGAAAAAUAAAAACAAAAUCUAUUUUAUAACUUGUAAUCUACAAAUAGUUAAUGCCUAACUUUUGUGGCAUGAACAUUUAACAAAAUAAUUCAACAACAAUUUAACUAUAAUAAUUUCAGAAUAGUUUGAAGCGAUACUUUAUAUCAUUGAAUCUUUCAUUAGUUUUUCAAGUAAUUAAUGGUUGACAUAUAUCUACUCUAACAUAUUCUGAAUAGUUGCCAACAUAAAUAAAUAUAUACCUUUUUGUUAAAGAAUGAGAUUUAUGUAUCUGUGAUACUAUACAUGGUAUUACAUAUAUAAGUGUACUACCUCACGAAAGAAAUAAUUCAGCAUAUACAAUAGAGAAAAAAGAAGAAAAUGGCUUCAAGGAACCACAAUUUCACUUUUAUGCUAAUCUCAUUUCUAAUCCUCCAUGCAAUGAUUUUGUUUGCAUCUGCAGGAUGGUUGCCCUUCUCCGCUAAACAUGUUAUAAUUUUCAACAAACUUGUAACGCGUGCAACAUUAGUUGUGCACUGUCGGAACAAAGGUGAAGAUAAGGGAGUAUUUUCACUUGGACAUGGAGAUAGUUUUGAUUUUAGAUUUCGUGUUAACCUUCGAAAAACAACGGUAUACACUUGUAGUUUUGAUUGGCCUAAUAAUACAGCAACAUUUGAUAUUUUUAGAGCUGAUCGAGAUGAUAAUCCAAAAAGCAAAGUUGGAGUUUGCAGCGAAUGUAUUUGGAGCAUUUACGAACCAGCACCAUGUAGAGAUAGACGUGAUGGAGGUCAACCUUACUGUUUUCCGUGGGCUUCUUAAAUUAUUAUAGAAUAUUUAUUGCAUUUUAAUUUUGUGUGUUCAUUAAAUUAUAUAUUAACUCUUUUUCUAUUAAAUAACUCUAAUAUUUAUAAUAAUAAAUAUUGUGUUUGAAAUAAUGUUACUCAUUUAUCAGUUUUCUUUUCAAUUUUAUUUUAAACCUUGGAAGUAUCCCCGACCCAUGGAGAGGCCCACACUUAUCCCCAAAUGUGGUUUGCGGCCCAUGGAUGGACUCUCACUCCGUGUAUUCAAAUGAGGCCUAAAUCAUGACAUAAUAUUAUGGCUACAAGGUGAAGUGUAAUGGGGUGCCUUCGAACACGGGUUGCUUUUCACCCCGGAGCCCGCUUACCAUUAGACCAACACCUUGUGGGUUUCUUUCAGUGUUAGUAGAUGCAAUAUAAUAUUAAGAGAUAAUUCCACACAUUGUGCAGAUUUAAAUUGUGUAUACUACAACAUAAAAUGUUUUGUAUGUAAAUACACAUUUUGUAAAUUUCAAAAUUUUAUUUUGAAAGGUUUUAUUUACAGUUGAAGAAAAUUUGUGAUUUUUCUGUAAAUCUCAAUAUAUAAAUCAUUAAUAUAAGUAAUUUACCAAAAUAAAAUAAUAUUUUGUAUUAUUAGUUUUGGUACAUGUAAUUUUAAAUGACAUUUAGUAUUAGAGAAGUUAUUUUCUUUACAAAGGGUAGAUAUUGUUGUUUCAUAUUAAAAGUAAAUUGUAUGUUAGUGUAACGAAUUUGUACUAUGUUGGUGAUGAAAUUUGUGAAAACAAUUAAAUUAUUAAUGUUUUCAAUAAUUUUAUAUUCUCAAGGGAUAUUUAAAACAUCACUCAAGAGAAAUUGAGCAUUUUACACAGCGUAGUUGGUUAUGUUUUCUGUGUUGACCCCUAAACGUGAGUAAGAAGUGUGCAUGAAAGAAUAUGUCAGACGGUCAAACGAGGCAGCAAUACAUAUCAACCUAGGGAUGAUCCAUAUCCAGAUCCAAACAUCAAGAAAUUCUAUGUACUACCUGAAGAUGCAUGAUUAGAGUAGAAGUGAAGCAGUUCAUGAAACAAGAGUAUACAUUGGUGAAUGAAGUGUUCAUCAAAAUGCGUUUAAUUAAAAAUAUUAUUUGCAUUAGAGCAUCUUUAGGAAAGUCAUAAUAGAAGAAGAAGUUUGACUUUUUCACAGAAAUAGAUUAACUUAAUUCGUGAAGAAGAGAACAUAAAAGUCUUAGAUUUGUAAAUCUUUAACUUUUAGGGUUGCCUCUAAGUAUAAAGAGGUAGUCGUGAGCAUUAUAUGUGUUUAACACAUUGAGAGAGCCUUUAGGAAAGAGAGUUUUGUAAUUUUUCUAAAGUGGUUUGAAUGUUUAAAGUGUCUUUGUACGAGUCUUUAAACAAAAAAGACUAGAGCAAAAAGUCAAGGUGUCUCUUGAUCUUAUUGAAGAAUAGGUUUUAAUUGGAACUUGUAAAUUCUUUUAAAAAGAUUAGUCUAGUUGUAUUUUUUUGAAAAGAAAAUUCAUGUGUUAUUGUGUAUUCCUGUUCAUGUAGUGGAUAAUUUUCACAUUUUAAAUUGGUAAUUGAGUAUGCACUUGUGUUUUAGUUAAACAGGUGAACAUCAUGUGUAACAUAUGGAGAGCUAUCAAGAGAUGGUGUUAAACUCAAAAGUGAUUUUGGAAGCUGGAACUGUUGUUUUUGGAAAGCACGGAUGAAGGCUAUAAUCAAGGGUAUUGAUCCACUUGCAUGGAAAGUUGUAGAUCUUGGUGGAAGCAACCAGUUACCAGGGAUUAGGAAGACAAAUGGGAAGGAUUUGAGGAGCUCUGGACUUAGGAUGAAACAAAGAUUGAUAAAUACAAUGAAAGAGCCCACCGGGUAUUCAUUGCAGCAUAGCAAGGAAACGGCUUGAACUACUAAUUCAAGGGUGUGACGCUGCAAAAACAAAUCAUGGGACAUACUCCAUCAAAAAAUAUUUUAAAAGAACUCUAAAGGUUCAAAGCUCCAGAAAAAACAUGAUCCCUGCCCGAUUUCAAGAACUAAAAAUGGAAUAGCAUGAAUCGAUUGGGGACUUAAACUCUAAACUUAGUUCCUUGUCACAAAAGGCUCUUACUCCUGGAAAGAAAUACAAGGAAAGAAACUAGUUAAAAAAAUUCUUAUAUGUAUUACAUUGAAAUACAUGACAUACAAAGCAGCACUGAGUGUAUUCCCCAAUACCAAUGAAAUUGGAUUUUGACGAAGUAUUUGAGAUGCUACAUGCUCAUGAGAUGGAACUGGCUGGUGGGAAGAAAAUGAAGGGACUGGCACUCUCUUUGGUUGAGAAAGAAGGCAUUCAGAUUGAGAAUACUGAUCCAGUAAGCAUGUUUGUCGUCGUUUUGAUUGAGCACUUUGAAGAGUAAAAUAUGGGAAACCUCAAAAGGAAAUUCAGUUCAGGAGAACAGACAUCAGAAAUUAACUGAUAAAACCACAAGGAAAUUAAAUAUCAAAUGCUUUGAGUGCAAAGGGUAUGGACAUUUUAAGACUGAAUGCCCUACAUCCAAACGAAGAGAAGUCCAGUGUUUUUAAUACAAAGGAUAUGGACAUACUCCAUUGGAGUGUGAGAGCGAUCUGAAAAAAGGAGAGGUAAGUGCUGGGUAUUAAUGAAGAUGAGUCAGAAAGUGAGAUUGAGGAAAAAGAAAUCUACAACUUUGUAACAUUGGUGGGUUUUACUGAAUUUAAAUCAGGUUAUGAAUCAGAUGAUGAAGAAUAGCAAGAACUCAUUGAAAGCUACAAACAAGUGUGUGAAAAUCUCAUGAACCUUGGAAAGGAAAAUUUGGCGCUUGCUAAAGAGAAAACAUGUCUCGAAUUUGAGCUACUAUUGAUGCAACAAGAUCUCCAGAGAGGGAGAGAAUCAAAGCUAGCACAUGAGAUGUGAAUCUUAUGAGAAAGAAGCUGAGACUUGCCAAUAAAGCAGAAGAAUUUUAAAAAGAAAUUGAACUGGAGAAACAAGUGUGGUCCAAAAUUUAAGAACAACUUGAUCAACAGUACAAAAUAUCAAAAUGUUCACUGGAACUUAGCUACUGAAUAAGAUUUUGAGCUAUGGUCAAGACUGAGAAGUCGUAUAUAGGAAUAUGCUACACAAGAAGACGGGAACUUAUACUGGAAAAACCAACUUUGUCUCAGGAGGAUAUGCAAAGACUGAUGAACUUAAAUUGAGAAGUACUUCAACAUAAGUCAUUGGCUGCUUCUACUGUGAAAAGUUUAAUCACUACAAAAGGUUCUGCUACAGAUAUCUUGAAAAGGUUAAGCAAAUCUCGAAUCAACAGAAAUUAUGGAGGAUAUAGGAAAGACAAACCAGGAAAGGAUGAAGAAUACAUAUAUCUACUAUGCAGCACCAAGUACAACAAGGUCAUGAUAUCAAUGUAAUAUCGCACUCUCUAUAGAGAAAUCAGAGGCGAAAGAACCUUGGUACUUUGAUAGUGGUUGUUCUCGACUUUUAACUGGACAUGUUGAGCAUAUGGAUGAGAUAAAGAAAUUCAAAUAAGACAAUGUCACAUUCUGAUAUGGUGACAUGGAGUAAUCAAAGGAAAAACAACAUGUAAUACAUAUGUACCAAAAUUAAUAAAUGACUACUUGUUCAAAGACUGAGACCAAACUUGAUCAAUGUGAUGACGCACUCACUUUUGUGUUUUCAAAAAAAAUUUGUCGAGCAAUCACUGAGUUUGGAAUCACAAUAAUAUAAGGGAUUUGAUCUCAUAACAACUGCUAUGCGGAGAAAAAUGCUAAAUUCCUAGCUGCCAAGUUAUUGAUUUCAGUCUCAACGGUUGGGUCAUAUGAAUUUAAGAAACUUGACAAACUUGCUGAACAAGGAUAUGGUUAUAUGUAUACCAAAACUCCGGAUAGAGAACAAGAUGAUAUGUUGUGCAUGAAAUCAAGGAAAAUAGGUAAAGAUGCAACACAAUAAGGUACAUGUCAUACAGACUAGUGUACCUCUUGAUCUAGUUUACAUGGAUCUAAUGAAGCUGAUCCAGAUCUACAGCAAUGCUUGCAAGAAGUAUGUUUUGUUCUAGUGGAUGGCUACACGAGGUUUACUUGGGUGAGAUUCAUUCGAGAGAAGUCUGAAACUGCUGAGAGCUUCAAAAUAUGUGCAUACUUCUUGAACUGUUGGAAGCUUGUUUGACCUUAGGAUGAGAUUAAUAAGGUCAUUCUAGGUAGGAUUGGGAGUAAUCAAAAGGGCAAAGAACUGAUCUUAUUUUCUCCUCUCAUUAAGGACAGCCAGAUCAACCGAGUUUGGCCACAAGAUCUCAAGCUCUGCCCAUAAAGAUCAGAACUUGCAAAAGUGUUGGGUAAACUCCAUGUCUUAUUAACUAAGAUCAUUGAUGGCGUUCUUAAUUUCAAAGAUUAGUCUCAAGUUGGAGGUAUUCCCAUAAAUGUUUUACAAAGUCUUAAGCCUCCAAGAUUAAUGCUUCUACGUAGCUUUGGAUAAUAGACAACACUGGUUAGCCCUUUUUAAACCACUUGUCUUCAUUCACCUGGACAAUCUCCUUGCCAUCUUGUUGGGCCGUUUGUUUUGGAGCUUCAUAUUUAGUUACAUGACUCCAUAAACCACGGCCACCCAAAGCUAUCUUAACAAUCCUAGACUACAGUAAGUAGUUUACCCUUAUAAGGGUGACAGGAACAACCACUUGCUUUGAGUUUUGCAUGGUCAGAUCCAGAAAAAAAAUAAUAGGUUGAAUGUUGAAGAGAUGAAGAGAAUAAGAGCUUAACGCACUACAUUAGAAUAUGAAAUUAAUUUAAUAAAAAAUGAUGAAAGAUUGAAGAACAAUAAAGAAUGGUUGAGAGAAAAUAGAGAAAAGAGAAAUUUAAUUUUCUUAUUCUUUGCAAUUGUGGAUACAAUAAUUUUUUAAUAGGUUUGGCUUUUUAUAGGAAAACAAAACAGACUUAACUUACAAAAAAGAACAAAUACAAAAGUAUAUAUGUUUUACUAUUCAUUCAAGUCUAUUGUUAUUCACUGUUAUUAUUCACAGGGACGGCUUAAUAGGGAGGGCGGCCAGUGUGACCGCCUCGGGCCUAGUCUAACUGUAAUAUUAUUAGGGGUCUUGAUUUUUAAAAUUACAAUAUUUGGUCCAAAUUUAGGUGAUGAUUGUUUCAGUAGUUUUUAGUUUUAGUUUUUAGUUUUUAGAUUUUGGUUUAUGGUUUUCAGCUUUUGGUUUUUGGUUUUCAGCUUUUGGAUUUUGGUUUUUGGUUUUUAGAUUUUUAUUUUUGUUUUUGGUUUUGCUGUAAUUUUUUUAUUUUUCAAAAAUUAAUUAAUACACUCCUUUAAAAUAAUACAAAAAAAUAGCAAUAAAUCUUUAGAUUUUACAAUGAAAAUUUAUCAAAAUACUGUAUUAUUAUUUUAAAAUAAAAUAAAAUAACAUAUUUUAAUUAUUAUAUUUUUAUAAAAAUAUAUUAUAGUAAAAUAUAAAUCAUCAAAUAUAUAUAAAUUACACCAAAAAUAUUAAAUU